AUGCUUGCGCAGGCUGUGAAAAGAGGUCAGGAGCAAGGUUUUGAUAUUGUAUUGGCAUGCUUUAUCGUUUGUGCAGGUCUUCACACUAAUUUCAGCUUGAUGGAAGAGUUGAUAGCCUGUAAGAAGGCUGUGGGAAAAGUUAUUCCUGGUGCACACAAUGAGAUCCUACUAGUUCUUGACGGGAACACUGGAUUGAAUAUGCUUCCACAAGCAAGAGAGUUCAAUGAGGUAGUUGGAAUAACUGGUUUUAUUUUGACAAAACUUGAUGGUUCUGCUAGAGGUGGCUGUGUGGUCAGCGUGGUUGAUGAGCUUGGCAUUCCUGUGAAGUUUGUAGGUGUUGGAGAAGGUCUCGAAGACCUUCAACCUUUCGAUGCAGAGGCAUUUGCGAAUGCCAUAUUUCCGUGAGAAGUGUUGAUGGUAUUUUAUUCAUUGAGACCAGUUCUGC